AUGCGCGAACGCAAAGUAACCAAACCUGGUAUUAAAGAAACCAUCACUAUGCUCAAGCUACCGUUAUUAGAUAAAUGGAGUCCGUCUACUUCGCUACGAAUGCUAAUGCACGAGUUUUUUCAGGAGGUGCAGCGUCUUGACCCCACUCCGUGUAUAUCCUUGUCAAACAAAAGCACCUUGAAGAUCAAAAGUCGGCAACAACAUAGCACUAGCAAGAAACCAAUGAAAAUGCGUAGACGGGACGUGCGUGGAACAGUGUAUCCAUGUCAAGAGGUUGAUAUAGCAACUUCAACACUGAAACACGUACAUUUACUGUUGCAAGCGGGUAAUAUCGCGCUAAUCGUUUCGUCGAAACAUGGAAAGGUGGAAAAAGAUAACGACUAUGUCUAUGUCCAAGAUUUGAUAUCACUAAAAGAUGUCGUGCGCAUCACUCCCCAGCGAGGCAAGUCAUUGACACUAUUUUUUAAAGACAGAUCAUUGCUGUGUCGAACUUUUUUAAGCCCGUACACGGAUGAUAUUAUCAGAGAUUUAAGGGCUAUGAUAAAUGAUUCUCGCCAGUAUAGUCGUGACGAAGCGGCUGCAGGAUCAGCAGCGCAAUUGUUGCCCUUCUUAAGUGCAGAACAGACGGAAAAAGCGAAGGAGAUGUCGACGAAACUGAUGAGCAAGCUUGGUAAAGUUGCUACGUCCGUUUCGCGCUUUCUUAGAGGUGAUGAAGAUGAAAAUUUGGAGCAACAUGUUGAUCCACUGGCGAAGGCCUUUGCAGAUAUCAAUGCGCAAAAAGAGAUUUGCUAUCGUAUGCCAUCUAAAGCAAGGGUGACAGAAAUUACGAGACGCUACCAAAACAUCGCAGAGGAGUAUGCAUAUCUGAACAAUCAAGAAGGUCACGUCGAGCGCGCCAUUUCAGAGCUGCAACGUUUUAUCGAACAUCCCAGGGUACAGCGGAUACUUAUGGAAUCAGUUGCUUACGAGCAAUCUACCAAAGGAAUUCGCGUUGGGCCAGCAUAG